AACUCUUUCUUAACCUACACAUCUAUUCCAUUUCCUCUCCAUCAUCGUCGAUCUUCUAUCCCACCACAACACACCAUCGCUUCUUUUUCCUCAUCCCCACUGCGUACCGUGGGUGAUCAUUUUCUUGUGCUUAGCCUGUUUUCGUUUUUCACCUCGCUUCUUAAUCUCCCUAUUAGACUCGUACACCACCUCCACCUCGUCUCUCACUAUCGUCCGGGCCGAUCGAGUGUUGUAAUCCACCAACGCCCACUUUCCAUCCGACCUUAAAAAGAACACCGUCCCCUCAAUUCUCCCCGGGGCACAUAUAUCAUACACAUCAUGGCCACAUUAGCGGAACAUCCGGUCGUCGCCCCGUCGACAUACGAUCAGGAUAUCGAUACUUUCCUCAACCUCGAUCAACUCACGUAUACCACAUCAGAGCCAGCCCGGCCCAAGGCGGCCCUGGCUCAACCAUCCAUCCCUCCUACAGAGUUCAACGCUGGGGAUCUUCGAAGCGCCAAUUUCGCUGCAACGGGUCAAUCGCCGAUUGCUUUUCAAGGCCCGAGCCACCAGUAUGACGAGCACAAGCAGCAGACAGGUCUUCCUCCCGGUGCCCUGGCUCAAGCAAUGACUUUCAACCAAAUGAACGGAAUGGGGUACGGUGGCGCCAGCCCUGGCUACAUGAUGAACGCCGACAUGUUUACUGGUACUCAGCUGAAGCGUGAGGACGCUUCUCUCGACUUCAACGCAAUCCCGAGCCGUAACCCUUCAGAGAUGGACCUGGAGUCCGAUAACAUGGGUACGGUUCCCGGCUAUUUCUUCUCACCAAACCCCAACAAGAGCCAAUUCGUCGACCCCAGCGCCCUCGGUGGCCAGGAGGUAGUCCCCGUUGGUCCAUCUACCCAGGUCGGUCGCAUGUACCCCGGAAUGCAUCAGCAGCAGGCUGCGAUGGCCAAGGCGGCUCAACAACAAAAGCAUCAUGAAAUGAUGCGCCAGCAACAACAAUUACAGCAACAACGUCGGAUAGAAGAGCAGAUGCAGAACAAUGGAAACCCUCAGGUCCAGCCCCCUCGUAACACGAACCCGAUUGUGGAAGAGCGCAUCACUCGUCUUUUGCAGCAAAUGAGACAGUCCAGCACCUCGAGCUCGCCGUCUGACUCCCCUAGCCCCUCUGUCUUGCCUCAGAUGGCCAAGGCCAAGAAGGAUGAACAGGAUAUGGACGAAGACGAGAGACUGCUCGCUAGUGAAGAAGGCAAGAAACUUAGCAGCAAGGAACGCCGUCAACUUCGUAACAAGGUCUCUGCUCGUGCUUUCCGGUCUCGCAGAAAGGAAUACAUCGGUCAACUUGAGAGCGAGGUUGCCGCAAGAACCAAUGAAGCCCAUGAGUUGCGCCUCCAGAACCGUGCUCUGUAUGAGGAGAAUGCUCGUCUCACCGAUCUUGCCCGCAUGCUUCUGUCCUCCCCCAAUUUCUCCCAGUUUCUAGAUGAGAUGUCCAUCAACGGGGUCUCUAGCUCGGCUCAGCCGCAGCCGCCUCAGCAACAACAGCCGCAGCAACUGCAGUCUCAGCCCCAACCCCAGCAGCAGCCAACUAUGCAGCCCAGCAUGCCCAAAGACACAAACCACGGUCAUGGAGCCCAGGAAUUCGCCAUGCAACAGAAUCCUCAAGUCGGCAUGGUUGUUGUCCCUAACCAAGGACUCGACGUGGCUGCUAUGAGCAUGAACAACGCUGGCUGGAACUCCGGCAUUGAUAUGAACUACAACCCAUCGGUGUUCGCUGUUUUGGAAGUCCCUGAGCCCUCGAUCAUCGAUACCGAAAUUCUGUCUGGCAAGUCUUCCAGUGUUGGAUCCUACCUUCCUGAGAUUACGGAUUCCAAGAACGAAUUGCCCGUCUUCGAUCGUAUGCCCAUGUCUGAGGAGGCCAGCGUUGGCGUUGAAAACCCAGAUGUUGAAUUUGACGAAUCGGAUCCUGCAUUUGCUCUCUUCGCCGACUCUCCAGCUACUUCUCAACAAGAGUCGUUUGAUAUCUCCUUCAACGGAGUUGAGUCAGAGAAAUCUGCACAUGCAUUCGAGUUGGUGGUCGAGAAUGAGUCCCGCGAUGCAGAGAGCCGUUUCUCUUAUCUCUGUCACAGCAUGGAAGCAGCUUUCCAGCCCAAGUUGGCUACCCUUCCUCCCGCCCGCGGGCUAUUAUUCAAAGCCUUUCGCGGAAACGUUGCCCCAUCUAUAAUAGCCCGCUCUCCAGUUCCUUUCAGAGCUCCGUUUUCCCGACCGUUUUGGCAUAUUCCCAAAGCUGCAUCCAAACCGAAGUCUAUUAAACCGAAGUCCAUUAAGCCAAAGGACUCGAUAUCAAAAAGUCCUGCUUCCGCUAGUUUCGCUAGAUCAAAGCCCCGACCCAAAUCACAUCCGUCGAAAUCGACCGUUCCUCCCACGAAACCCUUACCCACACUGAAAACCGAGCCAUAUCCACUCAAACGGGAUACAUUUCUUCUCCGAGCUCCGAGACUUAUUACGCGACGGGGAUCGAAAAACUAUUUGCUAUACAGCUCGAAAACUCACAAGCUCUCAGGUUUCGAUUUCUUGCCGACCCCGCCUGUCGGACAGAAGCCCAUGAAGUUCUUCUACCAGGUCAUCACGACUCCCACGGCCGAUACUCCCGGCACGACCGUCGCGCUUCAGUUCCCAGAAAAGCGGUAUUUCUUCGGACAGAUCUCCGAAGGAACUCAGCGGGCAUGUACGGAACGUGGUGUUAAGCUCUCGUACCUCACCGAUGUUUUUCUCACGGGUCGCAUGGAAUGGGGCAAUAAUGGUGGCUUGAUUGGCGUGAUCCUUACGCUCGCAGAUGGUAUUGCCAGUGCGAAUACUGCCCUGGAGGCUAUUGCCCGUGAGAAGGAGGCCCGCCUACAAAAGUCUGCAAAGUCUGACAAAAAGCCCCCUGUGAAGGCCAAAUUGGAGCAUGGCGUGCCCUACGCCGUCCAGGAUGGAGAGGCGGUUGCGCAGCGGGGGACCUUGACAAUCCAUGGUGGUAGGAACCUCACGCAUACCUUAGCCACCGCUCGGAGAUUUGUGUUCAGGAAGGGUAUGCCGGUCUUCACGCGGGAAUAUGAUAGUGAGAGUAUGGCCAAGAAAGAGUCUGCGGAGGCAGAAGAUCCUUUUGAAAAACCCACUUGGUCUGAUGAUAAUAUCAAGGUAUGGGCUAUGCCUAUUCGUCCUCCCACAUCUUUGCAGCCAAAGGAAGUCCCCCGUGUUGCCCCGCAAAGCCCGAGGAAGAGGAGCCUUGAUGAAUUCAGAGAAGAAGUUACUGCUCAGGAAGCGAUUGACCCGCGCACUCGCGACCAAAUAAUCAGGCAAUCGGUUAUAACGGACAUGUUCAACUCCACAUGGAAAUUGGAUGCUUUGGUUGAAACCCCUUUGGCUGAGGUUAAGAUGCCCGCGGUCAUGUUUGUUCGCAAUCCAGAGACCAGGGCGCUUGAGCAAUACACGGGCCCUGCUCCGGGAAGCAAUGAACCGCUGCCUGACAUCAAGGUUUUCGUACGCCAGCCUUGGCCAGGCGCAGCCGUUGAAAAAAUUCCUCCCACUACCUGGUGUGAUGAGGCUGUUUCUUAUAUCGUGCGGAAUCAUGAUAUCAGAGGCAAGUUCGAUCCCAAGAAAGCGGCGGAGUUGAAGGUCUGUAAAGGCAAGGACUUCGGACGUUUGACGAAGGGCGAAAGCGUGAUAUCCGAAGACAAGCAAAUCAUCACGCCUGAUAUGGUUCUAGGCCCCCCACGACUUGGAAAAGGUCUAGCCAUCAUCGAUCUUCCUAGUUCAGAGUACGUGGAGAGUCUGAUUAGUAGGCCGGAAUGGAAGUCACCUUCUGUCACCACGAACCUUGAAGCAUUUAUCUGGAUACUAGGCCCCGGAGUCGGAGAUCAUCCACGGCUACGUGAGUUUGUCGCCAGUAUGCCCCAUUGCAAACACACUGUGUCUAGCUCGGACUAUUGUCCAAACUACUUGUCUAUGGGCAGCAUUGCCGGGUCAUCUGUUCGUAUGGCGCAGUUGAGGCGUGACAAUUAUCCAGUACCAGUACAUGACAAUGUGAGCCUUCCGCAACCAGGGACACGCACUCAUGGUUCGGAGGUCACAGUGAGAAAUGUGCAGAAUUCGCCAUUCGAAGCAAUUGAACCUGGCCUUAUCAUUGACAUGGAGCCUAAUUUUGGCAUCAACCGUUCUGAGGUUGUCCCACGGUUCAAUGCAAUUGAGGCAGUGCAAAGGAUGCCUGUGGCAGUCCAGAAACGUAUGAGUACGAUCGAUAAGCGAGUCAAAAAGGAAGAAUUCGAGGAAAAGCUGCGGCAGUUCCGGAAAGAUCUUCCAGGAGCCGAUGCGGAGAUUAUCACCUUGGGUACAGGUUCUUCUUCUCCUUCCAAAUACCGUAAUGUUUCCAGCACCCUCGUUCAUGUUCCUGGUUACGGGUACUAUCUGCUUGACUGCGGUGAGAACACGCUUGGUCAGCUGAAGCGCGUUUUCGAGCCCGAGAAAUUGCGGGAGGUUCUACAGGACUUGCGAAUGAUCUGGAUUAGCCAUCUACAUGCAGACCACCAUCUCGGUACUGCUUCUGUCAUCAAGGCAUGGUUCCAAGAGAACUAUCCGAAUGGAGAUUCGCAAACAAGUGCUAUCGAGAACGACAUGUCCAAGAUUCUCAAGGAAAAGCGUUUGUUCCUUGUCUCUGAAGAAAACAUGAUCUGGUGGUUAGAAGAGUACGCAAGCGCUGAAGAUUUUGGCUUUGGAAAAGUGACUCCCUUGUCCGCCUAUCCCGUGAUUCACAACAGGGCACUGCGGACUAAGUUUGUGUACCGACAUUGCCGUGCGGAUGGCUCAUUCUCUAACCAGGAAGUUGAAAAUGCAAACCCCCGUAGUACAGAGCUUAGCUUUGACAGCGAGUCAUCUCCGCUCACGCCACUUCUCCGCGAAGCCACAGGUCUUGCCGAUCUCUUAACCACAAAGGUGUCUCAUUGCCGUGGCGCCAUGGCAGUCUCACUUGUCUUCCCGAACGGCUUCAAGGUCUCCUUCUCGGGUGACUGCCGACCUUCCGCUAGCUUUGCCGCAAUUGGACACGGCUCCACCGUUCUCAUCCACGAAGCCACCUUCCAGGACGACAUGGGAGUAUCGGCUAUCGCGAAGAAACACUCUACGACAUCCGAAGCCCUAGAAGUUGGCCGCAGAAUGGAAGCUCGCGCCAUUCUCCUCACCCACUUCAGUCAACGGUACCAGAAGGUCGCGCACGUAGAAAAGAACCACCCGCCCGCCAAACGCCAAGAGACCGUUGUCCAGCCCGAACAACCCGACAUCCCAGACAACGAACCGGAAGAGGCCUCCCAAGCGUCAACCUCCAAUGGGAACGUUCCUUCCUUCUUUGCCACCAUCAAGGUAGAGGAAAAGCCGCAGAUAAAGGUUCCUGUCGUCGCCGCCUUCGACUACAUGCGCAUUCGCGUUGGCGAUAUGCCCGUCGCGCAGGCGUACGCGCCGGCAGUGGAGAAACUCUACGACAUCCUGGAACGCACUUCGGAAGAGGGCUCCGAGAAGCAGCGCCAGGAGAAGGAGAAGCAGGAGGCUGCCAAAAUGCAAGAGAAGAUGAGAAGAAAGGCCAAGCACGAGAAGAAGUCGAAGGCUGGUGCUAGCUUGGCCGAUGUGGAACCUACACCUGCUGUUCCUGCCGAAGAAAUGGAUAUCGACAAGAAGUCACCGGUCAAGCGUCACUCGGCCUGGAGUGCCAGCGAAAGUGAAAGCGGCUGGAGCACCAGUGGCAGUGAUAGUGAAGCUGAGGUGCGUGUGAGGCGCAACAGCCGCAGUCCCAGCAGGACUGUGAAGCGUUCGAGUUAG